UCUCCUCUGGACUAUGGUUUGCUGCUGGCUUCUCUAGAUUUGCAAGUUUAAAGGUUUCCCAGGGUCCAGCGUGUCCCAGAAUUACGUAAUCACCCUUUCACCACUCAGAUCUCAGGGAAGCUCCAGAACGAAUGAGAAAUUGAGCCAACUUGCCUGAUAUUCCUUGGCCUUCUGAGAGGUGGAUUCCUGCAAAGAAGGCUUCUCAGAAGAUCAAGCAGAAGGGGAUAUUGGAUUCAUGAAGCGAGACCUAAUCAUUGCUGCCAUGAGUACUCUGUUGAUGGCUGUCUCUGUAAUCCUGAUGUGUUGCUGUUUUCUUCAGUAUAAGCUUGUGACCAAGGAAGAAAAGAUUUUGAAGAAAGAAGAUCAGGCUUUUGCCCUCCAGACUUACUCACUGCGCAAUGAGAUCUGUAUUGACCUAUCACCAGAACACAAAGCUCCUUCCAGGGUUAUGCCAUUAGAACCUUCCCAGUGUGAAAGAUCAGCAAUACAAAGCUUAGUGGGUGAUUUGACAUUAUCAGCCUCCAGUGACACUGUUGGGUUGGGCUAUAAAAACAGGUGUUGGUCUAACAACAGUGCGGAUUCCACAGCCAGAACCAGAACACUUGAAACUUGCAUUUCCACUCUCCCAAAGUCAAAAACACCUUUGCAAUGUCAUGAGGACUAUUGUGUGUGCUCAGGGAGUUCUUCUCCAGCAUCUGAAAGCACUGAUGUCUGCACAUGUGAAGACAGAGAGAAAACCACUGAUUCUGCUGCCGCAAUUUUUUGCCCUACCACUAUUACCAAGGACAUAACUUCUAGCAAAAGCUAUCCUUAUGCCAAUUAAUAAUGGCAAUCCAGCAAUGGAGACAGAGGAGUUAAAAAUAUUUUUGUGAGGCUAUAUCUCACCUGAUUCAAAUAUUGUCCCUGGUGUUGACUUGUGUAAGGUAAGUGGAGGGUCAUCUUCACGAAGACAAAGGCAUGCAAGUAUUUAUUUCUGCCUAUGGAGAAACCUGAUGCUAGAGGAAGUCACACAACUGUAAUAUUUCAGAAAAUCAGAGAACACAGCUCCCACUCUAACCAUGUCUUCCCCUCCCAGGAGGAUGAAAAAAAGCUGAAUUUCCCUCUUCCGACACAUCUAGCAGAAGCUGACAGGAUUAUUUGCAGGUCCUUAGUUGCUGGGCUCAGAGCCUUGAGAAGUGGCCAGAAUCCUUGUUCCCAGUGCUUGCAGUUUGCACUGUUGACUGCCAUUGUGUAAGAGAGACAGACAUAAGGAGUCAAAGGGCUCAGUGUCAGCACGGCCAUUGGCCUAAGAUUACUGACACCCAGGGCAAACGGAAGUGAAGGGGAAAGCGGCUUGUGAACAAGCCCUUAUGCCAAAGAACAACAAAAUAGCCUCUCCCCAGCAAGCCACAAAAACUCCCAGCUAUUGUAAUCUCCAGACAAAGAUGAGUCCUG